AUGGAUACUGCUCGCAAGAGCUCAGUGUCACCAGAUGCAGUUGGGCGGACACUAACUGAACACGAAGUAGUUGAGAAUGAGAUCAACUGCAAAGACAUCACCUGUGUCCAGGAUGACUGGGACGUGGAGGAGUUUGUCUCGAAGACAUGCAUGGGAAUGUUCCUCCACCACCCGGCUUUCAAGAUAUUGUUGGGCACCUUCAUAAUUGUCAAUGCAAUCACCAUCGCUGUGCGAACAGAGCCAGCAUUAGAAGAGAAAUAUUUUGGGCUGUUCUCUGCCAUAGAUACCAUUGUCCUGGCUUUCCUCGUCUGCGAGGUCAUUCUCAACUGGUAUUAUGGAUUUUUGUUGUACUGGAAGGAUGGCUGGAAUAUCAUCAACUUUUCUAUUGUGUUUUUUCUGUUUAUUGGCUUGAUCGUUCCCACGCUGAAUGACAAGACACUUUUCUACGUGCUCAGAGUCAUGAGGUUGGUGCAAGUUUGUACCUUGGUGAGCGGCCUGGCAAGGAUGAUCCAGGUGAUCCUGCAAUCCAUCCCCGACAUGGCGAACAUUAUGAUCCUACUUUUCGCCAUCAUGCUGGUCUUCUCUGUGUUUGGUGUGACACUUUUUGGCAGUCUCGUCCCAAAGCAUUUUGGGAAUCUGGGGACUGCUUUGUACUCCCUUUUCAUCUGCAUAACUCAGGAUGGGUGGAUUAACAUAUACGAUGACUUUGACAAUGAAGGCCUUGCCCUGAAAAUAGGUGGCGCCAUCUACUUCUUCAUCUUCAUCACCUUUGGGGGCUUCAUCUUUGCAAAUCUGCUUGUAGCCGUGAUUACAACAAACCUGGAGCAGUCCAUGACGGCAUAUAAUGAGGAGAAGCGGAUGCAAGCUCAGGCCCCUUCCACAUCGGCCUAUGCUGGACUGGAUGACGGCACGGAUGAUGAUUACCCACCUGGUCUGCAAGAACCUGUGCACUUGAAAGAGGUCAUGCAUAUCACACCCAUGACCCAUCGUCAGGAACUGCUCAGCUAUGGUAAUCUGGGCAACCUGAAUGACGCCACGUGUGAAGAGCUCUGCGUUGUCCUGGAAGCCAUUCAUGAGAACCUCAAGGAAUACCGGGUGAUCCGGGAUGAGCUGAACCAGAUCAUCCAAGAAGUGAGGUCCAUCAGAUUCAAUAUAGAGCAGGAACAAGAGAUUGUCCUGCGAAACAUCCGCGGGGCCAACAUCUCGGAAACCAUGCUUCCCACUGAGAUCCUGCAAGGGAAGCCUACCGACGUUCUGACUGCGUUGAUGAACCUGGAGAAGUUGAGCAUGAUUGAUGCAGAAUACCAAAAGGGAGCGAUGAAACAGGCAGCCAUGAGAGCACGGCGGCAAUCGUUACCGAAAUACCUCCUGAAAGGUCUCGCCGACAAAGUCUGGCCGCAGGAAGUGCAGACAGGAGUCACAGACGCCAGGAGACCUUGGCGGCUCCGGCAGCGCCCGGGAGCCUUGCAGCAGCCCAGCUGGGAGCCCCAAGGAGCAGCGGGUGCCAGCAUUGCAAGGUCGAAGAGCUUCAUGCAGGGCGCCGGCAGGGCCCCAGCGGAAUCCAGGGCCCGAGCUCGGUGCUCGAGAGCUCGCCGGGUGGCUCUGCCGAAGCCCUCCGCCCUUGGGAUCUAG